AUUUCGUCCUUCCAGGACCUUUCCCGCCCGCCCCCAUUAGCUGCCUGUGAGUCGAUGUAUCUGCUAGCUUGACUUCUCAGUGACUGUUUCCACAUUAACGAUGAGCAUUCUCAAACAAAUAACUGUUGAAAACUUCAAAUCAUGGCGAGGAAAGCAAGUCAUCGGUCCGUUCAUGGGCUUCAGUUGUAUUAUUGGCACAAAUGGAUCCGGUAAGUCCAAUGUGAUGGACGCCGUAAGCUUCGCCAUUGGGGUGCGUGUGACCUCUCUCCGGGUGAGCCAUCACACCGAUCUGAUCCAUGGAGCCCACAUUGGACAGCCGGUGUCAGAGAGCGCUUACGUCGCCCUACAGUGCGAAGACCACCUCGGCCAGGAGAUUGUCUUCCGUCGAAGCAUCUCGGGUGACUCCUCCCAGUAUCACAUCAGUGGCGCUCCCGUUACUCGCAGCAAAUACGAUCAGGAGCUCCGAGAGCUUGGCAUCGUCUCCAAAGCUCAAAACUGUCUGGUGUUCCAGGGGGCAGUGCAGUCCAUUGCUCUGAAGAACCCCAAGGAGCGGACCAAGAUGUUUGAGUUCAUCUGUCAGUCCAGCGAGUUAAUUGCAGAGUACAACAAGAAGAAAGAAGCCCUCAACAAAGCCACGGAAGACACGCAGUUUCAAUUCAACCAAAGGAAAUCUGUCUCCGGGGAGAAGAAGAAAGUGUUUGAGGAGAGGUUAGAGGCGCAAAAGUACCAGGCUCUGGUGGAUGAACUUGCCCAAAAGCAUCUGCAGUUGAGACUAGCUGAGCUUUAUCAUAAUGGGAAGGCCAUUGAGAGCACCAGGCAAACUCUGAGUGACAAACAGGAGGCUGCUUCUGCGCAGAAUGCUUCUGUGCUGGACUGGGAGCAGAAUGUUAAAACGCACAAGAAAGAACAUGGGCACCUUGUCAGAGAGCAGCAGCACAUGGAGAAAGAAAUCCGCGCCCAGGAGCACAUCCUGGCCCAGUCUCAGUCUCAGUUCAUCAAAGCCAAGGUCAGCUCCUCCCAUCAACUCAAGAAGAGAGAGGAGCUCAAACGUGCCCUGAAAAAGAGCCAGAAACUCUUGGAUCUGAAGGAGCAGGAGAUUGCUGAGAACCAGCAGGAAAAAGCAGAUCUGGAGAAAACAUGGAUAAUCUAUGAGAAUCAAUUUCAGGAGCAGAAACAGUCCCAGGAGAUGGACAUUGAGCUGGAUGAGAUGCAGAAAGAGCGUUACAAAAACCUCAAAGAGCUUGCGAGGAGGCAGAGCGCAGUGCUUAGUCAGCAAGCCGAGAAGCUGCACUGGGAAGUGAAGGCGGACUACGAGAAGGUGAAGUUUGACGAGCGCAAAAGGAAGGAAGGGGAGGCUGGCAUCAAGAACAACAAGUCUCAGUUGGAGGAUUUGACUCGUAGAGCAGAGAAGCUGGAGGAGUACACCAAGGCCUGCAAGUCAUCCCUUGACCGCUCCCGUCAGGAGGAAGAGCAUUUGCAAGCAGAGUUGGAGCAUGGCCGCCAGCGCAGUACUGAGGUCAACCUGGAGUUGGGCCAGGUUCUAGAAGAGCUUCGCAUCGCACGCCUUGAAAACCAGGAGAACAAAUACCAGCUGCAGCGCAAAGAGAUGCUGGACAAGCUUCGUAGACUCUUCCCUGAAUCUGUGUAUGGCCGCCUGUGUGACCUAUGCAGCCCCAUCCACAAGAAGUACCAGCUGGCCGUCACCAAGGUGUUUGGCCACUACUUAAAGGCUAUUGUAGUGACGACAGAGAAGGUGGCCCGCGACUGCAUCUGCUUCCUCAAGGAGGAGCGAGCUGAUCCUGAGACCUUCCUGCCCAUCGACUAUUUGAAUGUGAGUCCCCUGAAUGAGCGACUGAGGAAUGUGUCAGGUGCUAAGAUGAUGGUGGACGUUGUGACCACAAGUGCUCCUCAAUUAAGGAGAGUGGUGCAGUUUGUCUGUGGCAACGCAAUGGUGUGUGAGACUCUUAAAGAGGCCAGAAGCGUCGCUUUUGACAGGACGGAGCGCCGUAAGACUGUGUCUCUGGACGGGACCCUGUUUGCAAAGUCCGGUGUGAUCUCAGGAGGUUCCAGUGACUUGAAAACCAAAGCUCGCUGCUGGGAUGAGAAGGAUGUAACGAAGCUUAAGGAGCGAAAGGAGCAAAUGAGUGCUGAACUACGUGAUCUGAUGAGGCUCAAGAGGAGGGAGUCAGACCUGAAGCAGAUUGUUGCUGAGACUCAAGGGGUUCAGGUCCGCCUCAAAUACUCCAAAAUUGAGCUGGAUAACCUUUUGAAGAAAAACGUCCCUAAAUGCCAAGGGGACAUUUCUCGUAUGGAAAGCGAACUGGCAAACCUGGACUCAGAUAUUCAGAUGCAGCUGGAGAGUGUGGUAGCAAAAGAAUCUGCCAUGAAGGACCUCCGAGACCAGAUUAAACAGACAGAAGACUCAGUGUUUUCGGACUUCUGUGCGGACAUCGGUGUGGACAACAUCAGAGUGUUUGAGCAGGAGCAGUUGAAACAGCAGGAAGAGCACGACAUGAAGCGCUUGGAGUUUGAGAGCCAGUUAACGCGCUUGAAUGUCAAGCUGGAGUAUGAACGAGAGCAACUCGAGAAGCAAAAGAAGAAACUUGCUGAAACACAGACGUCCAUCGACCAGGAAGAAAGUGUCAUUGCUGAGAGGAGGAAGGAUGAGGAGAAGCUGUUAGGGGCCGUUAAAGAAGUUGACAAAAAUCUACAGGAGAUGAACAACCAACUGCUGGCAAAGAAGGGACAAGUAGCAACCCUUAAAUCUGAGCUGGAGGAGAAAAUACUGCGCCUCCAAGAGAGUAAGAGAGGGUUGGUGAAACGUCAGGGAGAAGUGAUGUCUGUGGAGAUCAGCUUGGAGCAAAAACAAUUAGCCCGCCACAACCUGCUGCUGGCCUGCAAGAUCAAUGACCUGCCAAUAACUAUGCUCUCAGGAAAUCUGGAAGAAAUCAGUGAGGUGCAGCUUGACACAGAAUCUGAAGGUACCUCGGUCACAAUGAACAUCUUUGAGAGAGAGGCUGAGCUUGUUGUCGACUACUCCUGCCUGGAUGCCCAGAUCAGGGACGUCCCUACCGAGGAGGUGGAUGCCAAGAUAGAGAGAUUGAGGGAGUCUGUAUAUUCCAUAGAGGAAGAGCUGCAUCAAACCAUCACACCCAAUUUAAAAGCUGUGGAAAAGAUGAAGCAGUUAAAAGACAAGCUACAGGGACUGACGGAUGCCUUAAACGCCACCGCCAGAGUUGUCAAGAAGUGCAACCAACAGUUUGAACAAGUCAAGAUUCGACGCUUACAUCUUUUCAACCAGUGCUUCAACCAUGUGUCCGUUGUCAUUGACCAGAUCUACAAAAAAAUAUGCCAGAACAGCGGCGUCCAGGCCAUUCUGAUCCCGGAAAAUCCAGACGAGCCGUACCUUGGCGGGAUCACUUACAGCUGCGUGGCUCCUGGGAAGCGCUUUAUGUCCAUGGAGAAUCUGUCUGGUGGGGAGAAAGCCAUCGCUGCCUUGGCACUGGUGUUUGCCGUGUACAGUUUCAGACCAGCUCCGUUCUUGAUGUUGGAUGAGGUGGAUGCUGCCCUGGACAACUCCAACAUCGGGAAGGUGACCAGGUUCAUCAAGGAGGAGUCCAUCAUGCGGAAGAUGCAGUUCAUCGUCAUCUCCCUGAAGGAGGACUUCUUCCACAAGGCCGACAGCCUGCUGGGAGUUUACUCCGAUUUUGAUGAGCAGACUUUCAGUCGCAUCCUGACAUUGGACCUUCGACCCUACCCUCUGCCGGAGGAUGACAACGAAGCAAACGGAGAACAGCCGACCGGAAUUUAAUUAAUUCUUUCCUUUCGAGCUUUUAAAUGUUUGCCAUCAAAUGAGUUCAUUGUUUCACUCAAGUCUGUUAGACUGGAGAGUUUCCUUCGAAGAAACACUUCCAAAUUAAUUGGCUUUGUUUGCAGGCUCCUAAAUGUUCCAUGAAUUAAUCGUUUAGCUAAAACAGUAACAUUUUAAAGCGUCAUACAGUUACAGACGCCAUGAUACUUUGCUCUCCAUAUUGCUUCAUAUUUACAAAUGCUAAUGUUCAUAUGUGUUGUGUUGGUGUUUUAAAAUGUUAGUUAAAAUAACUCCAUAAUACUGCUCUUUUGAUAAGUUGUUAUAUUUUAUGUGUUUUAAUUCAAGAGUUUAUAUCGAAGAUGGACUGUAAACAUUUAUUCGCGUUAAUUAAAACGUUACCAUUGAAGUGUU